CGUCCCCUUCAGCACCAUGCCCACCAGCGCCAGCACGUAUCAUUUUGGAACCCGUGACCGGGUCCGCCGAGUCGGAAGCAGAAUGGCGUCGACCUCCCGCCGCGCGGCCGCACCCGUCCUCUUCUUCCUCCUGCUGCUCCUCGUCGCCUCAGAGAUGGGGACGACGCGGCCGGUGGCGGAGGCGCGGCGAUGCGUGUCGCAGAGCCACAAGUUCGUGGGCAGCUGCAUGAGGAAGAGCAAUUGCCAGCACGUCUGCCAGACGGAGGGCUUCCCCUGGGGCGAGUGCAGGUUCCACGGCGGCCUCCUGCGCAGGUGCUUCUGCAACAAGCUCUGCUAGCUAGCCGGCGACCGAGGUGCAGUGCGGUCAGCUGCUAGAGCUCAUCCCAUUCCCAGGCACUGUCACACCUUGUUUCAUCGGUGGUUAGCACCGCGCGCCAAGGCCACAGCAUUUGCCAUCGCGUUCCCCCUCAGUGCAAUCUUGUCUCGUAUACCAACUUAAAGUUUUUUUAAUUUGUAAGUUAUUUCAGUUUGAC